AUGAAUCCAGGCGCGGACACCGAGGACUGGUCGCAAGAGUUCGACCGCCCCGCUCCUACUGCUGCUGCUGUUGGCGCUGGAGAGCCAACUUCCCCGGCAUCGCGACGUUCGGCGGCACUAAGGCGGAUUGCUAGGGAGGACCCUCCGCAUCCGCGCCGUCGCGAGCCGCCGCCCACCGUGGUGAUGACCUCGACGAGGGCUGUGGAGCCUGCUCCCGCCGCUCGUCGCUCCUCGGCGGCGUCAAGGCCGACGGCGGUAGCCCCGGCGUCUCGCAGCGGUGGCGGCGGUGGCGGCGGUUCAUCAGUUGGCCCCACAGGAACAGAGGCAGCGGCAGCAAGAGCAUCCGCAUCCUCCUCCAGCAGACGGCACCGACCAGACCAUCGCGGCAGCGGGGGCAACGGGGGCCGCGCAGCCGACCGUCACGGCGGCGGCGGGAGAGCGCCGUCCCAGCGCGGCAGGGAGGACGGCGGCACUGGCGGCAGAGCGCCCUCCAGCCGCCACGAGGCGAGCAGCCGCUCCGCAGGCGGCCCCCGGAGGGGCUCGCACCCAGCAGAGCAAUCGACCGUAAGGUCGUCACAAGGAGGAGCAGGAGGAGCAGGAGGAGGCGAGCGUGUUACCAGCAGCAGCAGCAGCACCGCCGCCAGGCCAAAGAACAGACGCAGAGAUCGAGACGCGAAGGACGUCGCCGCCAGUAGACCCCUGACAGCCGCGGCCGGGGGGGCGCCCGCGUCGUUGACCCCCGCAGCAGGGAGACCGUGGGAGGAGUACGACAGCCCGACAGAUUCGGAGGUGCCCGCGCCGCAACCUCGCGCGCUGGGUGUGGGGGGCACUACUGACGCCAACGAAAGACGCCAGGCGAACACGAAGUGGCUCAAGUUGUCGACAGGAGAGAGACCCGCGCCACAGCCGGCAACUCUACGCCCCAGCACCACCGCCGGCCGCGGCGCGCAGGACCGCGCGAGCGGCGAGCGUAGCGAGAACCGCGUGCGCGCACGCACCGGCGGCAGCGGGCGGAAGCUGUCGCGCACAAAGCACGAUAGCUCCAGUAGUUCCGUGAACCACCAGCACCACUCGCACCAGCACCAGCACCAGCAGAAGCCGAAGGGCGCAAGUGUUCUGUCGUUCGUGGAUCCUCAAGCUGAGGAUGACUCGGAGGGGCCGGUGCAGAUGAGCAACCUGGAUGGGUUGGGAGACUUGCCCCCCCCUCCUCGGCAGGAGGUGGUGUCGCCAUCGCAGUCUGCUUUCGGGCUUCGGGCUUACGAGGAUGAGGGCGAGGACGGGGAAGGGGAAGCGCCUCCGGAGGCCGAGAAGGAGGGCUUCGAAGACGACGGCGAGGAUGGGGAGGAUGACUGGGACACGGAAAUGGGCCUGGAAGAGUUGGAGUACAGCGAUCUAGCCAUCCGGCUGGAUCGAAGCGGGGGGGGUGGGCCCGCCGGAGGGCGGCGAGGUGGCUCGGGCGGGGGGGGUGCGGAGCCGUCUCCUGUCAGCACGGGGGCUGGGGUGUUUGGCGAGGCCGUACAAGCCGCUGAAGCCGGAGGAAGCGGGUCUACGGCCGGUUCUGAUGACGCCGACACGGACUGGGAUCUUGAGCUAGGCCUGGUGGGGCCCGGUACGGGAAGGACCGGAGAGCCAUCGCCCAACAACGCGCGGGACGUGAAACGCGCCAAUAUUGCCGAAGGGCUGAAGGCGCUGCUGAGGGGGGCCCCACAGGGGUGCAAGCAUCAAUCGGGUGCGUCCGACGCCAGGCAGGGGCUGACAGGCGUCCCUGACAAGUGCCGCGUGGUGGGGAGACUGCUCAAGGGGGGCAGGGCAGGUCCCGACGUCACCAUCGUCAAGUACCCCCGGGCGUGCCAUCUUCUCUGCCUUCGAGUGAGCGUAGAGCAAGAUAGCAAGACCGCGGGGGCGACGGCGGCGCCCACGGAUGCCGGGGCCUCGUUUGCAGGGGCGUUGACUCCUUCCAAGGGGAAGGGGAGGGCGAUGCACGGGCAGAGGAUGGUUGAGUGGCUCGAGACCUUGAUAAGCAAGAGGGCGGACCUGUACCGCACCAAGAACGAACUGCGCGCGGCAAACUCAAGGCUGGUCAAGGGGCUGCAAGUGAUGGAAAAGCGCCUCAAUCCUCGCAACACUAAGGUGUUCUUGGAGUGCAGCAUGUCGACGUGGCGUCUCGGCGAGCGAGAGAGCUGCGUCAGCGUCCUCAAGUCCUACUUCCAGAUCCUGCGGAUGCAGAGCCGAACGAACGCCCGCAAGGCGGCCCAGGGAGGCGGCGGCACCACCCCGCUCGGCUCAGACACAACGAAGGACACCUACACCAUGUUCCAGCACACCCUCAAGAUGCUGGAGAUCGCGUCCCUGCUCCUCCGCCCGAACAGCUCGCUCUGGCUGCUCCGCAUGCAGAUAAACAGCCAGCACCAGUUUACGGCCGGGGGCGUGGAACGGUCGGCGAGGGGCGUGUUUGGAGACAUGCUGCGCAUCGCUUGCUCGGCGUUUCCGUCUUAUAGAGAAGCAUUCUCGCUUGUGGAGCUACGCGCGACCGUGCAUCACCUCGGUGACAUCGUCGCUGCCGGCGCCGAGGCGGGUGGUUCCGAAGACGGCUCGAGCGACUCGGGCAUGGGCGACUUCGCCGACUACGGUAUGCACGGCGCGGCCGGGCGCGGCGGCGGUGGUGGGAAGGCGGGCGGGCGUUGGGACGGGAGCGAGGACGACAGCGGGGAUUGGGGGGUAGAGUACACGUGGUCCGCGCAGGGGGGGGCGGGGAGGCACCAGGCUCCGACGUUGGUGGAUCGCAUGCCCCAGGCUAUCUGCACCAACUACCUGCGGGUCUACGCACGCGCCGUGCGCGGAGGGAGCGACAGAUCUGGGGGCCCCGGGAGUAGCGGGGGGCACGGUCGUGGGGGCACGGACGGCUUCCGCGGCGGCGCUAGAAGCCCCGGGCUCCCGAGCCCCAACACGCUGUUGCUCCGGAGCCUGAGCUCGUCGUCGGCCAUCUCGCGGGUUUCCUCUCACUUCUCCCACUUCAACUCCAACGUCACUCCCGUGGAGCUGCAGCUGCCGGCCACCUUCCGGAGGCGGGGCAACGGCGCGGACGGAGAAGAAGCGGCGCGCGCGUUUGGCGCGGGCGGGGCAAGGGACGGCCGGGACUCGAGCGGCGCGCUGGACGCGCGCGCGGCACGCGCCAAGUACCUCCCGACGGCGGGAGACGCCGGGGGAGGAGGGGCGGCGGCUGCGGAGAACGCCGCUCCCGUCGCGAAGAGCAAGCCGCAGUGGGGGUGGGGCGCGGGGAAGUCUCUGUUCGGGAAGAGGGCUGCCGUGGAGGUAAAGCGGAGUGGCGUCGCGGAACCGGAGGCUCAGGCGGUCGGCGGCGGCGGCGGCCACCCGAGUGCUUCGGCCACAAACGGCAGGAAGUCGAGCACCGCAGCGGCCGCGGCGGCGGCAGGAGGGGCAGCCCAGGGCGCCUCUAACGCUGCCAAGGCCGGGGACACCGCGACCACCACCACCAAGGGCCAGACGGGAGGCCGCCGGCUGGCGACCGACAUCGGUGGCACGUACCGAGAGCCCGGGGGCGAAAGGGGGCGCGGGACGCGGUCAGCCGCGGAGCAGCGGUCGGGCCUGGACCGGAACGAUCGCAGAGAUGGGGGACCGGGGGGGGGGGCGCGCUUGCCCGACAGGCGGACGCGGCAGAGCCGGUCCGUCGACUCGCCGGGCAGGGGGGCGAAAGGGGUGCCGGCGACGGUGGACGCGGCGGUCGAGGCAGCGCACGGGUUCUUCUCCGUCCCCGCGGCGUCGCACGCUGCCGACUCGCGCGAUGGGGGCGGCGGCAGCGGCGGCGCUGGCGCUGGCAAGCCGCUCCAGCGGCAGCAGAGGGAGCGGUCCGCGAGCGCGGAGAACGAGGAGGGCGCGCGGCACGGCCGCAGGGUGGAGCGAGAGCACCGCUUCGAUUCCUCCUCCUCCGCUGCUGCUGCCGCCGCCGCUGCUGCCCUUGCUGCCGAGAAGAGGCAGGACGGGGAAGGCGGUAGCCGGGGCAGGGACCGGGGUGAGGGAGGAGAGACGCGGUCGGACGCCAGGAAGCGCCGGUCGCGCGCCCCGGCCGGGACGAGGCGAGAGCGCGAGUCCUCCCUGCGGCCGACGAGGCCCGCCGUCCGAACGCGGACCCUCAGCGAGGACCGGCUGUCUUGGAGGGACGAGGGCAAGCAGUGGAGUGACCUGGCGAACCCUAACCCUCGGCCGCCCUUGCCCCACCCGUUUCAUGCGCCGGACGCGGUGGGCGCGCCCGCUGCCGCCCCGGGGGGGGGAGGGGCGAGGCGCACGGGGGGUGGCAGCGGUGGAGUCUCCGCCGCGUCUCCCCCGGACUCGAGCAAUGGCACGAGCGACGAGAAGAGCCGCGCGAGCCGUGGCAUGAUGGACGACAACUCUUCGAGCGCGGGGUGGGGCAACAGCAGCCUCGCCGGCUGGGGGGAGAGCAUGGCCGCCGAGGCAGAGGCCGAGGUCUUGGGGCGCAGCGGCCACCGCGGGAGCGGCACCGGGGCGGCCGGCGGCGGCGGGAAGGGGGGCGACGGCAGGGCCGAGGACGGGGUGCCGGUGGACCCGACGCUGCGCGGGCAGCCGGAACGGACGAGGCUACACCAGAUGGUGGCGGCGCUGACGGACCUGUGCAUGUACUUGGUCGGCGUGAGCCCCCUGAGCAUGGAGGACUGCCCGACCAUGCUGGAGCACUUGCCUAACGACGACGACGACUGGGACGAGGACGAUACGUUCGACGACAGCAGCAUUUUCAGCUACGGUAGCACGGGUAGUGCUACCACGAACGGCGGCAGCGGGGGCCGGCUGCCGUCCUCGCCUUCUACUCUCGAUGCGACGGAGCAGUCGGACGACGACGAGGACGAUGACGAGUUGCAGGGCCGCUGGGGGAACGACGGAGUCGUGGUCGGCGGAGGGGAGAAGCAGGAUGCCAAGCGCGAGAUGGUCGGUCCCACGGGCGACGUGGUCCACGUGACGGACAUCCUCAAGGGCUGGAGAGACGACGAGGCCCCGCGGACGUCGUCCAUGUCCGGAACGACCGGGAGCGGCCACUUCAUCACUAGCGGCGGGGGGGGGCGUCGGCUCGGGAGCGGAUGCACGUCGCGGAGCGGCAGGGGCGGCGGAAACAAUAGCGGACGCGGCGGCUCCAUGGCGGGCUGGAGCUCCAAUGCCGGCACCGAGAGGCAGGGCGGGGGAGGCGGGGCCAAGGCGUCGAUCGUGUCGGCCCUGGAGCGGGCCAUGUCUCGCACGCACGGGGGCGGGGGGAGGAUGGGGGACGGUACGACUCCACAGCCCCAGCGCGAGAAGAACAGGAGCGAGGAGCUGUUUGGGGCGCUGAUGGGACAGGACGACCGCGGUGGGGGGAAAGGGGGGCACGGCGGAGUGGACGGGAGCGGGAGGGGUGGCGGCGGGGCCAAGGGGGAGGACGGGAAGAACGGCGAGGUGGAUCUCGGCUUCUUGCACAGGAGCCUUGCCGAACCUGAGGAUGCCGGCGCUUACCUGGAGCUGCUGCUACCGUCCUACAAGGCUCUGCCUGAGGAUUGCAUCCAGAAAGCCAGGGCGGCGUUUGCGAUGGGGCUGCUGGCCACCAAGAAGGACGACUCGGAGCUGGCGGAGGCUUUGCACCUCGAGGCCGUCCUUGUGCUCGACAGGCUCCCAGAGGAGGAUUCGGGUACCAGCCCGCUGAUUACCCCCUUCGGGGUCCACUGCCUCGAGAAGCUCGGAGACGCUCUCCUCAAGAACGCCAAGUAUGAGUACGGCAUUCUUGCUCUGGAGCGCGCCACGGAAUGUUUCUGGGAGUGCAGCGGGCGAACGGCGCGGUAUGACCGGCUCGUGCGCCGAGUCACGCGCAUUACUCGGGAACACGGCGAUACGAAGAGGGCGUUGAUGUACCACUCUCGGAUGCUGGAAGCCGCCAAGAAGAUCGGUAACCUGAACGAGUUCGUCUACCUCGCCAAGGAGAUCAGCCGCAUGCUCAAGGAAGAGGGGUGGUACUUGGAGGCGGAGUCGUACCUGGCGACUACAUCUCGCCUGCUGUCCGGCCUGCGGCUGGACAAGGUCGUGCUGCGCCACCGCUCAGGUGGCACGACGUCGGGCACUCGACUUGACCAGCAGGACGGUGAGGGGAACGGCUGGAGGAAGACCUCGGGCCAAGAGGGAGGGGGGCCGCUCGACGGCAACGAUCCUGGUCCCACGAUGGUGCCCGUCCUCGAGCACGCCGGUGCCGGUCGGGGUGGGCACGGGUAUGGCAGCGGUGCCGCUGGAAACCCCGGCGGUGCAUUCGGCGGAGGCGGCGGUGGCGGUGGAGCAGGGGGGGCGCCAGGCGUAGCCGGCGUCCCCGUUUCCAUGCCCAGUGACGGCCCGGCUGGGGGGGGCGGCGGCGGGGGCGACGCAGCAUUGGGCGGUGGUGGUAACUCGGGUGGUGGUGGUGGUGGUGGCGGGGGCGGCGGGGGCGGCAGCGGCGGCGGGGGAGGCGGCGGGGGCGGGGGCAUAGGGGACACGCCCGGCAGGUUUCGCGGGGAAGGGGGUGGUAACGCUGGUGCCGAGAACCUCAAGACGUUUGAGCCGGCGUUUGGGUAUGGCGGCGGCGGUGGGGGCGGUGGCGGUAGUGGCGGGGGUGGAGGUUUGUCGCCGACGUUCAUUGGGCCUGGCGGCGCCCACGGCGCGGGGGCGGGGAUGCAGGGCACGGCUAUCGAGACGCAGCAGUACGAGCUUCAGAUGAGGAUGGUGGAGAUUCUUAUGGAAUCGCUCCAGUACACGAGGGCCCUCAGGCUUCUCAACAACCUCCUGAGAAGGAAGAUCAAGUCCGGGCAGCGUUCCCUCGUCCUCGUCCUGGUGGCAAGAUGCUACCUCAAGCUCCGCAAGGUGGCGGCCUGCGAGGCCGCUCUGGAGAGGGUUGUGCUAGAGGCUGACGAGGCGCUCGCGACUUACGGCCAAAUGGGCCGAACAAGUUCGGACCAGGAGGGGGGGUUGGCUGGGCUCGGCGGCGACAAGUACGUCUACGAGAUGGUCGCCAUGGUGAAGAACGUGGACUUCUUGGUGCUCCGAGCGAGGUGUAGCAUCGCGGCGGGCGACCCCACAUCGGCGCUCCAGUGGAUUGGCAUCGCCCUGGCGGUGUCGACCGACAGCCGUCAGCUGGGGAACGAGGGCCGCCUCAUGUACCUGCGAGGCCGGUGCUACCAGCUGCACAUGGCGCAGACGCUGGAGGAGCACGCGAUGGACGACGCCGGUUGUGCGGAGACUGCUUCGGCCUCUACGGUGUCCGCCUCGGGGCAGCUUGACAGGGAGAAGUUUGCAGCGUCGGAGACCUCCAAGUACGCCGGCAAAGCGGAAGAGGCCUUUAACCUCGCGCUUGAUUACUUCUGCAGCGCCGACGACGUGUACCACCAGGCGAAGUGCAAGGCCAGAGGGGUCGAGAUGCAGCUCUCCAGGGUGUUCGCAGAGGUCGCCAUCCGACAGGUACCUCUGAAGGAGGCGGCGAUGAACCAGGGAGCGGCGGUGCUGAAGGGGCUGGAGUCGCGCGCGGCGAGCUCUUUGGGCCUCGCGGGAGAUGCGGGGGAACCGCUCCUGCUGGCGCUUGCCCUCCUUAACGCCGCGGAAGUCAACUGGCUUAUGGGCAGGGUGCUCCAAUGCUACCAGGCGUGGAAAGAGGCGGCGGGGCUGCUGAGCCUCAUCCACCUCCAAAGGCAAGAGGUCACGCCUGCUCAAGGCUCGAUGGGCGCCAACAACGGUUCGGCUGGCCAUUCACGCCCAGGCGGGCCUAGUGCUCAGCGGGGAGGCCAGAGGGACCCUUCGGCGAUGGCCGGGGAGACGUUGUCAUCCGGCAGCAGGAGGACUCACCGGCCCGCGGGGACACCUCUUCGAGCCCCCGCCUUCCCGACGAUCUCAUUCCCGCCUUCUAUGAUGCUCAAGAUCCAUGGACUCCUUCAGAGGGCUACCCGUCUGGCGUUUGUCUUGUCCGGGCCCCCGCCGGCGCACGCCUCGUCGUUGAGCAACCCUCUCGUGGCGGCGGCUUUGCCCAACAGCACGCAUCUGCUGGCCGGCUGGGCGUUGCUUGACGGAUGGGUCAAGCUCUAUCCUUCGGAGGAUAAGGCAACCCACAAGAGGCACCAUCGAAGGGGAGGGGGGCGGCGGCACGCGAGGGCCACGGGGCGAAACGCAUUGAGCUCCAUCGGGCAGGCCAUCGCGAAGCGUGCGUCCCGCUCCAACUCCCCUCCCGCCGAGAGGACGGCGUACGUCAAGAGCCCCCCGAGCCCGACCACCGUCACCGACACCGAGUCGCUGACGCCGCAGGUGUCCGUGGCAGGGAUUCCCUCCACCACGAGGAGACCUUCCUUCAAGCUCAACAUCCUAGAGGGGAGCGCAGGGCUCGAUGCCACCGCUGCAGCAGCCGCCGCCGCCGCCGCUACCGCCAACAACGGCGGCGGAAAAUCAUCGGGGGCCAGGGCGGGGUCUGCUGCUGCAGCCGCCGGCGGUGGGCGGGGCCUCCCCGGGGGGGGUGUAGGGGGCGGCGGCGCGGGCGCCGAUGAGAACGGCGCUUCUCAGACGAGAGACAUGGUCCUGGUGACCCCGUCAGCGGGGGCGGGGGGGGCACACCACCACGACCCGGCUCUGCUCGCGGCCUCGGAGCUGGCGGGAGGGGCGGCGGACGACCGGAUGCACCGGAGGAAGUUCUCGAGGGACUCCGCCGCCGGCAGCGCCGUCGGGGGGCCGCGGAGGGUGUCGGCGGCCACCGCGGCGGCGAUGGCGGCUGGGCGCGAGGGCCGGGUUGUAGACUUCACAGGAUUCUCCGAGAUGUCUCUCAUGGCUCCCCUGGCCAAGCCCAUGGUUCCCCAAUCGCACAGCUCGGUGAUGUCGCUCGCGAGAUCGUCUUCUCUGGAGGGGAGCACGAUCAGCGACCACCUACGCUCCGAGGGUCCCGGCGCGGAUACGUGGACCGGCGGCGGCGGCGGCAAUCGCAGGGACGGCGGCGGGGCGGGGCAGGCCCGCCCACGCCACGAGCGCAAGCGGUCGGAAGGUUCUGGCUUCGACGUGGCGAGCAGGUGGACGGACAUCUCACGGGAGGAGAAGGGCAAAUGGCUCAUACAGGAGUACGGAAAGGUGCUGUCGGACAAGAAGGAAGAGUCCGGGACGCAGGGCCGCGCAAAGGGGGCGGCAGAUGGCGGCAGACACCCCUCUCGCCGGGGAGAAGUUCCGGACGUGAACGUCGGCGUGGGGCCUGUGUCCGAGGACGAUCUCAGCAGAUCCCCGUAUCCAGCAGGAGCCAGGGGUAGGCGAAGCAGUCGAAGCAUCCACCGCGCCACCCUCAGCCGGACGAUGGGGGGCACCAGCAGGAGCCCUCCUCCGCGAGAGGAGGACCCCCCGGGAGAGAACCGUGCACGGUCGGCUACGGUGGCCACCCCCGCGGGUCAUGCCACAUGUCACAGCGACUCUGGCAGCCCGGAACGACCCAGGCCACAGCAGGAGGUCGUCCCCAAGAGCGUCGGCAGACCUUCUCGCAUGUCCCGACUGCGCAAUCCAUGGACGUCUCGAGCGCGGCACUCCUCUCCGUCCGGCGAUGGGAAUGGGAAGGCGGCGGUGUCCGGGUCGGCCGCGAUGUCCGUGGUGCGGGAGGACAAGGGCGAGACCAGGGUCGGAAACUGGAGCGUGCCCGAGGUGGAUGAGACUCCCCAGAGGAGGAGAGCCACGCGGUCUGGUGUGGUGCCCGUGGUGGUGGAUGUCUUGAUGGACCCCACGGGGAUUCCGGCGAAUCACAGGCACACGAGGUCAAUGUCCACUUCUCUGGAGGCGGUGGGUCGGGCGGUGCAAUUCUCGGGUUUGGGUAAAGAGGUCACGGAUGCGGUGGCCAACGCGAGGCAGCUGGCCGCGAACCGCGAGAGAAUGGGUGGCGCUGAAGGCCCGCGGUCUGCCAAACUCAGCAUGAACGAGUUCGGCAUGUUGGCGGAGGUGAUCAACGAGGUCGGCGGGCAGGAGGGGAGCUUCGACAUCGCUACCGGCGGGACUGGGCAGGGGUACAAUCCCCUGGGUGGGGGGGCGGGGUCGGGUGGCCCCGCAGGAGCGGGCGGCGCGCCGUACCGGUACCAUGGGACGGCGCAAGAGGGAACUCGCUCGUCGGGCGGCACUGGCGACGUUCCUCAGGAGCAGGCGGAGGAGAGAAGCAGCAGCAUCCGGGAGAAACACUCUGCUGAGUACAAACCAAGGAGGAUAUCUGUGGGGACUCUGCUAGGCAAGACCCACCACCCUCAGACGCGUCCUCGAGACCGGAUGGACAGCCAGUCCGUGGGCACCGAAGGCUCUUACUCCGGAGAGGCCUCCUCCAUGCCCGGCGGCAACAUCGGCGGCAACAGCACCGGCGGGAGCGGGGGUCACCCCGGGGCAGCGGCCACCACGGGAGGCGGGGCCGCCUACGGCUACGCCGGAGGCGGAGGUGGAGGAGGGGACGGAGGAGGCGGUGCCGGCGGUGGUGGCGGGGGCGGGGGCGGGGGCGGUGGUUGGCGGCAGCGGAAUUUCGUUGGCCUUGGCGGCUCCGCCGCCCGGGCGGGCUACGGGUUCGUGGUGACGAUGGACCUGGAGCCCGGGAUGAGCGGGGAUCGGCGGGCUCUGUGGACUUGCUUCUGCAGCUUCAAGACGAGGCGGAAGAGCUACAAGAUGGGUCGGCUGAAUCUUCACGACCUGCACGAGAGGAACCUGGAAGCGAUGCAGAGCGUGGUCGACCUGGGCCGGCAGCUAGGCCGCCCGAUCUUCACGAGCUUGUGGUCCAGUCGAGCAGACCGCCCCAACGUGGGAUCAUCUGCAGCACCGGGAAGCAGGGGAAGCCCGGGGGUCAGCGAUAACACCAACAGCAACAACAGCAACAGGCGCGUGUUCGCCUCGCGCCCUGGCAGUCUCUUCGACGUGGGCAGCGCGAUAGGUGGAGACAGCGGCUGCUUGGGCUCCACGCUGGGGUUAGGGCUGGGCUCCACGCUGGGGUUAGGGUUGGGCUCCACCUUCGGCUCCACUACCGGCGGCGGCGGCGGCGGCGGCGGUAGCAACCCCGCUCCGCCCCCUCCCCCUCCAGCGGGAGGCACGGCUUCUCGCUCUUCUCGACACCAGCACCCGGCAGGCUCGGGCAUCCUGUCGGAGUUCGCCCUGUCUGCACUGUCGGCGAACGGGGGCGGGGGCUCCUCCGAGCUCUCCGUGGCGAUCGGCGGGCGGGGAGGAGGAGCCGCGGGGGGCGGGGCCGGGGGCGGGGCUUCGGUAGCUGGGGGAAGGGCGGCGGCGGCCUCGGCCUCCGCCCAGCACGCGUUGCAGUACCUCGGCAGCCCUCUGCCCUUGUCGCCGGCCACGAGGGCAGGGGUCGUGCCUCCCGGGUCGGUGCUGUCGUCGUUCGCGUCGCCUGGCUCCGCCAGCUUGAGGUCCUCCGCACGAUCGUGGCAAAUGUACGAGGAGGACAUGGAGGCCGACGAGGACGGCGCGACUGCCGCCGCUGCUGCCGGGAGGUCGCGGGCGUCGCCAAGGCAGAAACCCCGUCUACUGUCGGAUUCGCGGCGGGGGAGGGGCUCGAUAUUGUCGCAGACGGUACCCGUGCAAAGGCGCGGCGGGGCAGCGAGCAAGGGCGGCGUCGCUCUGGGCGUCGCUAGCACGUACCACGCCGGCGGGAUUGCUGCCGGCGGUGGUGGCGGCGGCGGCGGCGGCGGCGGCGGCGGCGGCGGCGGAGGUGGAAGUUCUGGUGGCAGUUUCAGGAGUGGCACGAGGGAGGACUACCUGCGGAAGAUCCUACAGUCUCGGCAUCCUUUCCCUCCGCACUUCCACAUUCUGCUAUUCAUAGACAGGAGCUACCUGUACUACUGCCCCUCCACCGGCGAGCGCAUGUCGCUCCCGGUCGAUGUCUUCGGGCCGCGCGCCCGGCCGCCGCCGUUCAAGCAGCUCAGGGUGCACCCGGACGGGGGCAUGGGCCCGAUUCCCCUCUACACCGGCUGGACCCUAGGGCCCGUGCCCAAGCACGUCGCUGCCUGGGCUCACGCCGCGAAGCGGACGUCAGCGGACCUGGAACACCAGAGAUCGGGCGGUGAGGGCGGGGCGGGAGAAGGGGCGGGAGGGAUUGCGUCCGGGGUGGAGGCGGCGGCGGCGGCCGCGGCCGCGGCGGAGAAGGAGAGGGGAGACGCGCUCCUGGCGAGCAUCACGGCGGGUCAGCCCGGGUCGAAGCUGCCGCUGGUGCCGGCGCCCGACGAGACUUUCGUGUCGAGAGACACCGGUAUCACGGCGAGCGGAUUGCUUCGGCUGCUGCGACCCCUCCAGUGGCAGCACCUCUACAUCCCCCUGCUGCCUAUGUCUUGCCGGCACGUGCUCAAGCACGCCGUGGACGCCAAGGAGCCCUUCCUUAUCGGCACCUGCACCACUGUCCUCGAGAGCUUCUCCCGGCCUGGUCACGGCUACGCCGCUAACUCUGCCGGUUUCGGCGGCGGUGGUGGCGGGAGAGGGGACGGCAACCUCACUCCGCCUCCAAACGACGCUCAGAACUCAAGCGGGGGUGGUGGGAGCAGCAACGUCCCUCCGGCGGCGCUGUACCACGCUCACGCCUUGUCCGAGGGGGGACAGAGGCACAUCACCAUCGCCGAUUUGUCGCAGGGAGUGAUUCACCCGAGCAAGAUGCUCGAGUUAGCCGCUGCGUGCACCAUCGGGGCGUCGGUGGACGUCGAUUCGGACUCGGAGAUGCGCUCUCUCAUUUUCUCGCACUUCAGAGGUACCCAGAACAGGGGGUCGGCAGACCGCAGCCGUACCACCGGUUGGGGGUGGUCGGGCGGGGGGAGCGGUGCGGGCCCCGUGGAUCCGGGAGACUACGACACGGACGAAGCCAACGCCUCGAUGGCGAUGCUGCCUGCUGUCCCCUGCAGAUUCCGAUAUCAGCUCGCCGGUCGGCUGAAGAAGCAAGGCGAAGGCGUGGCCGGCGCCGCGAGGCACAAUGACGGGUCCGCAGGCGCGGUCAGGGGUGCAAGGGCUAGAGCAAGGCCUUACGGCGGCAGCGGCGGUGGUGGCGGCGGCGGGUUCGACGCAGGAGGCGGACCCUCUGGCGGCGUGGACCGAGCAGCUGUUGUGACCCGCUUGCUGCAGACACCGGUGUACUCGGCGAGCGAGGGCAGGCCGGAUGGCGGUGGCCGCGAGGACUCUCUCGUGGCGUCCAGGAACGGCGAGGCGUUGAGGCUGUUCCUCUUCAACAUGAUGGUGACCUUUUUCAAGGGUUACCACAUCUUCAUCCGCCCCCCGGAUAGCGGCAGCGGCGAAGAGGACUACGGCGACGACGCCGCGACCACCGUCGCAGGAGGAAGCGCUGCCGCCGUGGAGCGAAGCGGCGGGGGCGGCGGGGGUGGCGGGCGCGCGGGGCACGGGCAAGAGAGCGACGUGGAGUUCGACGUGCUCGGAUUCUUGUCGUUCGCGAAGGCCGACCUCCGCCCGUUCUUGAGGGUCCUGCUGAGGACGAGGGCGUUCGCGGCGUUCUUGGGGGAUGCAAGAGGCUGGACCCCAUCCACGGCCACGCUGCAAGCCUCCCAAAUCGCCGCCACGGCGGAAGGCGCUUCCUCGAGGUUGAGCAGAACGAUCUGGGCGGGUGAGCAGCGGGAGGAGUCUGCGCGUGCCAGACGUGGAAGGGAUGAACCGAGCUCGCAGCAGGGACAGAGUGGUCGACAAGCCCCGUCACGAAGCAGAGAGCACAGGGCAGCAGCAGCAGCCCCCACCACAGCGACAGAAAACACCCAAGGGCGAAGGUCGAGCGACAGCGGCGGCAUGAGCGCUCCCGGCGGAGAAGAGAGGGGUUCCAGCAGCCGGCACGCCAGCGGGACGUCGGUGGCGGGAGGGGACGGUUUCCGGCUGAACCUAGAGCGCGCGAUCACGACGCGCAUGCAGGAACAGUUGCAGGUCCAAAGCGCCGUCGGCACGGAACGCAUGGGCGCGUUCUUGCUGACGUACUACACGCACAGCCAACACGUCGCCCCGCAGUCUUCUGCUGCGGUGGACAUGGGAUACGGCUUCGGACAAGGCUCGCUUGGCGGAGCCUUGUCGCCGACCGGAGGAGGGGGCGGAGGGGGCGGCGGCGGAGGCGGCGGCGGGGGCGGGGGCAUCUCCCGGGCCGCCAUGGCCAUCAGAGCGAGGGCAAACGGAGCCCCCAAAGUCCGCAAGCGCUGGUGCGUUCUGGACGCGACUCGGUUGACGCUGUUCCGCACGCGCACCAAGACCAGGGUGAAGGAGUCCGUGCAGCUUGAUCCGAGUAGGGUGGCGCUGGUGACGCCCCCCUUCACGCCUUGGGGCAGGGCGGGUGGCGGGGUAGGCGGCGCAGGGACUGGGGGCGGCGGCGGGGGGGGUAAGGGCGAAGACGUGACCAACGAACGGGACGCAGUGGCGUUGGUGGUCUUCCGCAACCCGACCGAAACGGGCACGCUCGUCAUUCGCGCGGAGUCGGUGGAGGCCCAGCAUGUUUGGGUGCGUGCUCUUGCGGCGAGAUUGACCAGCAGGGAGCACCACGCUAGGAUGGCGGAAUUGUACGGAGGAGGGGCGGGGGAUGAGUAG